AUGUCCGAUUCAUCCACUACCUCCACUGCCGAAUCAGAUGUCAUUGAUCAAGAGAAUAUCAAUCGGGACCCUAUAUUCUAUGAGCCGAGCCGUCUGCAAUCAACAAGUAUAUUGGCGGAAAAUAACCAAAUCUCCACACUCGCCUGCAAAGUUUGUGGAGAUAAACCCCGCGGAGUUCACUAUGGAGUUCUAGCGUGUGAAGGUUGUAGGUCGUUCUUCCGUACUAAUCGGGACAAAAAAGAGGAAUUGAAAUGUCGGAAGAGUAACAAGUGUGUGGUCGAUAAAUACUCACGCAACAAAUGUGGGAAAUGCAGAAUGGAGAAAUGUCUGAAAUUGGGAAUGGACUAUAACUUGCGUAGACCUGCAAACGGUGGAUUUGGUAAAGGAAGAAAACUAGUUAUCAAAAAGAUUCAACGCGCCCAUGAUUGCUGUAGAGUCUGUGGAGACAUUUCGUUUGAACACUUUUUUGAUAUAGUAGCAUGUGAAGGAUGCAAGGGAUUCUUCCGUACUCAUCAUGAGAAAGAUAUAAAACUUGAAUGUCGAGUGGAUGGCAACUGUGAUAUCAACAUAAUUUCACGAAACACAUGUAAAAGUUGUCGAAUGAAAAAGUGUCUGGAAGCAGGAAUGGGACUGAAACAUAAAGUUUUUUCGAAAUCAGAGUUUACAGAGAUAGUCAAUAAAGUGGGUCGAAGUUUUGGACAAAGUUGUACUUACAAGGAUACAGAUAUUGAAAGCGUAGAAAAAAGCAAUUUCGAAUUGACCCGCUUCGACGACCCAUUGAUUAAUCGAAUCAAUGCGUGGCAAGUCUAUGCUCCAAUAAUAGAUUUCGAGAACCAUCAGACUGGACUCUUUGUGAAUCACCUGCCAUUUAUCAAAACUUUUGAAAUAAAUGACAAGGUCAUUCUAUUCAAAAGGAGCAGUUUUCUGAUGUUUGUACUCAGAAACAUCACCAAAUUUAGUUCUGAUGGAUUCAUGCUUCCAUCGAAACUCAAUUCCAAGAUCAAGAUUCCCUAUGAAACAUUAAAAAUAGUCUAUGGAGAUCUUCUCAUCAAUGAGAUCAUUUCAAUUGCUUCAAAACUCGAAUCAAUGGAUUUAAGCCAUCAUGAGCUAUCUCUUUUCACGGCACUCGUCUUUUUUCUUCCGUUCACGGCGGAUGCUCCGGAAAGAACAAGAAAUAAGGAGAAAUUCAAAAGCCACAAAACAUUGGAGUUGGUUUAUCACUGCUACAAAACAUUUCUCAAUCGGAUGUUUUCAAAAUACGAAAAUGGACAUGACACUAUUUCUGAGCUCGAUGAGAUGACUUUUAAGUUAGAAGAUCUUAAUAAACUCCACCGCGACAACACGAUUUCCUUCUUACAAGUCAACUCGAAAUUCAUGAAAAUUCCACUAUUUUUGUGUGAAGUCUACGAGAUUCCGAAACCGAAAAGUCUGAGUUUGAGUCAACUUCUUGAAUCUACAAAUGCUGAUUGUGACUAA